AUGCUUCACGCUUCACGGCUUGCUUGGGGCCCCUUCGUCCUCAACACCCGCGUGAUUCCUGACUGGUGGCAGUCGUUCCAGAGGGAGGAUCAGCACCGGGUGGCUCGUGCUCGCGCCACGCAGCUCCGCACACCUCGUGACGAGAGCAGACAGAACGACGUCACUCCCAUCACGUUGCGCGAGGCGGAGGAACUAGUCAAGACAUAUACACGAAACCACAACGCAGAGGAUCUCAGUUGGAUUGUGCAGUACAUUCGAGAGACGAUGGGGGAGCCGCUGAAUCUCCUCUAUUAUCACUCCCUUUUUCGUGUUUUUAAUUACACUCGGGAUAAGGAGAAUAUUGAGCAACUUCUUCAUGUCAUUACAGAAAGUGGGGAGGCGGACAUGGGUACAUACGCCCUUGUGGUAGACGCACUGCACUGCUUAAGCCCUGUAGAUACACUCGCACGGAUUAUGCGCAUGAUCGCCGUCACCCAAACGUCAUUUGGAACUCUGCUAUCUGAAAGCGGUUGCCCGUUGUUAACGUCAUUGCUUCACCAUUUGGCGAACACCGGCAAGUAUCCGUCUACUGCGAGCUUGCUUGUGGUGUUUUGGAUACGGGCAUUGGGAGCCCAGCUCUGUGAUUGGGACUAUGUACAUGUCUUAUCAGCGUUGCUUUCGCAUCCAGACGACUUUCCUCAAAUAAGAAGCACUUUGGGUGCUUUUAGCGAUUUUUCUCGAGGCACUGUAAGCCCCGAGGCCCUUUUUAGGCGACUAGAGGACCGUGGGGAGCUGUCGCCGCCCUCAAGUCCACUCAACACAAUUGUUGCUGCGAUGCGAGUAUCACUUUCACAGGCAGGCGUGAAUCUUGAGGAACCCGUGCAGAAUUGCGUCAUCAACACGAGAACCGCCGGUUUGCCAUCCAUGGUGGAACAUAUUGUGAAUGAUAUGACCUCACUUGCCACCAGCGGAAAUUUUAACGGUGAUCUUUUGAGCUGCUACCAUGUGCUUGCGUUGCUCUAUAGUACCCUUAGAAAUGAUACCGCAGCUGUGGAAACACUGCGAUAUGUCGCGCGCGAGAUAAGACGCCGGGAGCGCUCUGUCGAAUAUGAAGGCGGAAAUGCUGCUUUGGCGCCAAUUGGUGAAUAUGUGCACCACCACUACCUGAUGGACAUUGGCAGUGUUCUCAACCGUGUCAGCAUGAGAACACUGCAGCGGGCACGGGUGGAUUACGCCCAUUUGGCCCAGAAUGCGAGUUCUGACGUCUCGGAGAAUGAUGUUGUGGCGGCUGAGAGCUACGCGAUUCUCUUUGUACGUAGCAACGAGGAGGCGGAGGAGGCGCUUCGACAGGCAUCGCAGAGUGUUGACUUGUCAAGUCAGCGUACACGACUUUCCACGAAGCUGUUAUUUCGAAGAUUUGUCGAGCUUUGUGCCCGGCACCCAAAGCGGAACUGUAAGCUCACGCCCGUCGGUCUGGAGGAGCGGCGGAAGUGGGGCAGGUAUCUUGACGCGCGAGAUACCUCACUUGCCCUCUUUGGUUCCGCAAAGCAGGCGCGUGAUUCCAUGAAACACUUGUUCUACAAUGACAACAAGCUGCCGGAGCUGCGCAGCCACGCAAUGAUUGAGCGGGACAUGAAUGACACAGCGGCGUUGUUUAAGUGGAGGCGGGCCCCAACCAUUGCAUCGCUACGGGUACGUUCCUCCCUCCCUCAUGUACGUUGUCCAGCGGAUCCUGUGCCCCGUCAUCUGUGGGAUCCGGAUGUAUACAACCCCUAUCCACAACUCAUGCUGCAGAUGAGCCCCAUGGAUGAUGAGCGCGUUACGGAGGACAUCUUUCAGGAGUUAUGGCAUGUUCUCAUGAAUCCAUCGGUGGUUGGAACAGAUCAGUGGUACUUGCGUGACACGGAAAUGUAUCUGCUGCUUUUGCGGUGUCUCAUUCAUCGGCUUGAUUGGGAGGCGGCGGUUCACCUGACACUCAAGACAAUGGAAAACCUAACAUACACCUACAUGAUGGAUCACGAGGUAACGUUAAUGUUUAAAGAAAUUGGUGACCCCGCUGGUUGCCUAGCGUUUAAGGUGGCAACCAAACUCUUUGAUGGACGUAUUAUCAAGGACGGCCAAAGUAAGCGGGAAAAGUUUCACCAGGAACAGUUUGGCGAGGUUUGA